AUUCUUUUCCUCCUCUUCUCUGCUUCUCUGUCGAUUUCUCUCCCCCACCCCCUGCCGCGGCCGUCUAGCGGUGGUCCCUCACACUCCCCCUACUCGCGCAUAUCGGGCCCUCCCCCACGAGCUCCUUUCGAGGCGCGCAUUUUCGUGAUCCACAUAGGCACUUCCGGCGAAAAGUGAACUGUUAGGUGAUGAACCGGCGGAGCUGAUGAACCGCCGCCGCCACCGCCACACGCGAACGUCGCCUGUUUGAAAGGAGGUGGCCGCGGGGGAGGCUGAGCCUGCUUCCAGUGCCGAGAUAUCCAGUGUGUCGCAUCCUCGUCGCGAUCGUUUGUGCGGAGAACGUGCGCGCAGGUGUUUCGGAAUAGUGUACCACACCACCGUCACCACGUGUCCAUCGAGACGAUACGAUUCACCACUGGUCGAAGAGUGACAGCAUAAAGAGCGGAAGCUUGUCGACGUAUUGGCUGUCGUGUACUUAUUACAAGGUACGCUUCCGGUCUGGCUGUAACCAUGCGCUAUCCACUGAUGCUGCAAGCGUUCAUCGUUGUUGUGCAUAUCGUGCCCGAGGCUCGUCUCCAUCGACCGAAUAUCAGGGGCAUAUACACCCUGGAGGAGCAUGUCCACGGGCACGAGAUAGUGAUACCACGAAAAGUGACCCACAGAGGGGAGCUUAUCUCGCACAACGUGACCCACCACCAUCACGAGUAUGGGCCAGUGGUCCACUAUCGAUUGGCCGUGGCUGGUAACGAGUAUCACAUCGAGCUGACUGCCGUGGACAACUUCAUCGGACCUGGGAUGGUCGUUGAAAGACGGAAACGAGACUUACACGUGCGCAGCCGGCCAAAAAAUCGCUCAAGCAAGUGCCAUUAUCGAGGUUUCAUUCAGGGACAUCCGAAUUCCCAGGUCGCCUUGUCCGCCUGCGACGGUCUGACGGGCAUGCUACGUGGCGAUCACGGGGAGUUCUGGUUGGAACCAGUCGCCGUGUCCCCGGAAGAAGAACGAGUCCGGCUGGAGGAAAGGCUGGAAGACGCCGGCGCCGAGGGCCGUGCCACGGCUGGGCUGUACCGGAACUCGCUGCUCGGUAGGCCGCAUCUCGUGUUCCGUAGGUCCGCCGAGCAGCCGCAGCUCGAAAUCGGCGCCGCCGGCCGCAGCAGACGCCGACGAAAAAAGAAGAGAAAACUCGAGAGAAACUGUGGCACUCGCGAGCCUAGGCGGCUGACGGAAACGCGGCUCGAGUGGCAAACGCAGCCAGGUCUGGUGCAGGUUCAAGGACGGGGCCGAAGAAAACAGCAUCAGACGAAACGAUGGCAGCGUUCCAGGAGAUCGAUCAGCCGACCACGUCACGUCGAGGCUCUCGUUGUCGCUGACACGACGAUGAUGGCUUUUCAUCAGGACGGCGACGUCGAGACGUAUCUGCUGACCAUCAUGAACAUGGUUUCGUCCCUCUACCUGGAUCCCACCAUCGGGAAUUUCAUCAACGUCGUCGUGGUUAGGAUUAUCCUUGUCGAGGAGGACGACGCGGAACAAGGGCUGGACAUCACGGUGAACGCGGACAGGACGCUGUACAAUUUCUGCAAAUGGCAACAGAAACUGAACCCGGCGGACGACUCGCAUCCGAAUCACCACGACGUGGCGAUUCUAGUGACGAGAGAGGACAUCUGCUCGAGGGCGAACACGCCGUGUAGCACUCUGGGAGUGGCCCACGUAGCCGGCAUGUGCCAACCGGACCGCAGCUGCAGCGUCAAUGAGGACAAUGGAAUCACGCUCGCGCACACCAUCACCCACGAAUUGGGACACAACUUCGGCAUGUAUCACGACACGGAAAAAAUCGGGUGUAGCAAGAGGGACGGUGACACUCUGCAUGUGAUGACUCCGACGUUUGAAGUGGACACCAUUGGCGUUGCCUGGUCUAGAUGCUCUAGAAGAGACAUUACCAAUUUUUUAGAUCAAGGAAAAGGUGAAUGUUUAGAAGAUGAGCCUGCAGACAAUGACUAUUCAUAUCCAGAUUUACCACCUGGUGCAAUGUACAAUGCGGAGCAUCAAUGCAGACUUCAAUUUGGGGUCAGGGAAGCUUCUGUUUGCUCCCCCUUGCAGGAGAUUUGCUCUAAAUUAUGGUGCAUCGUCGAUGGCACUUGCACCACCAUGCUUCAUCCGGCUGCCCCGGGGACACACUGUGGAAAACAUAUGUGGUGUCAGAACCAAGAGUGCGUUCCAAUCGUUGACAGACCGCGUCAAAUUGACGGUGGAUGGGGAGAAUGGGGCUCAUGGAGCGAAUGCUCGAGGACCUGUGGCGCAGGUGUCUCGAUUGUCGAGCGAAAAUGUGACCAUCCGGAACCAGCACAUGGUGGGAAAUUUUGCAUCGGCGAAAGACGCCGAUAUAAAAUCUGCAACACUGAACCGUGCCCGGAGGGUACACCUAGUUUCAGAGCAGUCCAGUGUAGCCAUUACGAUGGCAAAGAAUACAAAGGGAAGAAUUACACUUGGCUACCAUAUUUUGAUCAAACGGAACCCUGCGAGCUUUAUUGCACCGACACAGAGGAGAGCGUAAUUGUACCAUGGGGUGAAGCUGCUCUCGAUGGUACACCCUGUAACGUUGGUACCAGAGAUAUGUGCAUUGCUGGGAUCUGUCGAAAAGUUGGCUGUGAUUGGACGGUAGAUUCAGACGCCACGGAAGAUCGUUGUGGAAUCUGCCAUGGUGAUGGAACCCAAUGCGAAACAGCAGGGGGAAUUUACGACAAGAACGAUGGUCCUGGAUACAAAGAAGUCGUCGUUGUUCCCAAUGGAUCAAGAAACAUAAAAAUAGAAGAAAUUGGAAACAGCAAAAAUUAUAUCGGCAUAGGUGUGCCAAACUCUGACAAAUACUUCCUUAACGGAAAGCGGCAGAUCACUUUAGCAGGCGAAUACGAAGUCGCUGGAACUCCAGCUCUUUAUGAGCGCGAUCAUGAUAGAGAAAAAGUCAGAAUUCCUGGUCCCAUCAAAGAGGACAUUGCAGUCUACUUGAUUUCCAGAGGACACUAUCGGAAUUUCGGACUGCGGUACGAAUACACAGUACCGAAGAAGGAGCCUGACCGUGCACCGGAGUAUUCGUGGGUAUUUUCUGACUGGUCACUGUGCACGGCCACUUGUGGUGGCGGCACGCAAACCUCGAAAGCACUCUGUAAUGAAAAGAAGAGCGGGGUCGUCGAAGACCACUUUUGCGACGGCAUCGAUAAGCCAGAAUCGAUUUUGCGGGAAUGCAAUCUGAAUCCAUGCCCGGCCAGGUGGUGGAUCGGUCCAUGGCAAAUGUGCCCGGUAACAUGCGGAGAGGGUGCUCUUCGAAAACGAUCAGUGAUGUGUGUCUCUUCUGGAAUGGGUCCCGACAGAUCGGAUUUAGCUCUGCCGGAUCGAGAUUGCAACCGAGACGUGAGACCCGAAGAAGUCAGUCCUUGCCUCAAUUUGCCCCCGUGCAGUUCGACAGAGCCACCGUUAAUCGUCUAUGCGGAUAAUAAGGAUGCCUCUUUCUACAAUGUAAGCCUGAACGAUCAGGAUGGUAUCACGAUCGUUGAUGGUCUUACGACUGAGGAACCAGAGAUUCUCGAGUUCGAUAAUGUGGUUGAUGAAAAUCCAGAUAAUUCCAUGUAUAAUACUAAAUCAAAGUGGUUUGUUUCAAAAUGGAAUCACUGUAUAAAUGGAAAGAGAACUAGAAAGGUUACCUGCUCGGUGCAGGGAGACUGCAAUCCAGAGAACAAACCAACCACCGUUGAAGUUUGUCAAGGUGGAAGAUGGCUUACUGGAAGAUGGGGAUCUUGCAAUGCAAGCUGCUUAGCAAGGGUUGGUUUUAAGCACAGAGAAGUUGAAUGUCGUGAUCGUAUAACGGAAUUACAAUCCAACGAUUGCAAUCCUGAGAGAAGACCAAUCGAUACGAGGCGUUGUUAUCACAGGCGGCAAUGCGCGAAUGAUAAAUCUGAGUGCAAGGAUACGAUCGUACCAGCCUCGAUGUGUACGUCGUACAGACGCAUGUGUGAUGUUUCAUCGAUCGUGCAAGACAAAUGUUGUGCCACUUGUUUUAAAAAGCGAAGACACGGUCGUCACAACAGAAGACACAUUCUUGAUCAUUAAGUAAUCGGAAACAAACACUUAGACCAAGAAGUUCUCGGUUCUUUAUUGUAAGAACACUUCUGUAAAACACAAUCCGUCCUAAGCAUGUAUUUACUUCAGAGAAUAAGCUUGUUGAAAAAUCACA